AUGGCUUCGUUCCCCGAGACCGACUUCCAGAUCUGCCUGCUGUGCAAGGAGAUGUGCGGCUCGCCGGCGCCGCUCUCCUCCAGCUCGUCGGCGUCGUCGUCAUCCUCGCAGACGUCCACGUCGUCGGGGGGCGGCGGCGGGGGCCCCGGGGCCGCGGCGCGCCGCCUGCACGUCCUGCCCUGCCUGCACGCCUUCUGCCGCCCGUGCCUCGAGGCGCACCGGCUGCCGGCGGCGGGCGGCGGCGGCGGCGCGCCGGGAGAGCCGCUCAAGCUGCGCUGCCCCGUGUGCGACCAGAAGGUCGUUCUGGCCGAGGCGGCGGGCAUGGACGCGCUGCCUUCGUCCUCCUUCCUGCUCAGCAACCUGCUCGAAGCCGUGGUGGCCACGGCCGACGAGCCGCCGCCGCCGAAGAACGGGCGGGCCGGCGCCGCGGCGGGCGCGGGCGGCCACGGCAGCAACCACCGGCACCACGCGCACCACGCGCACCCCCGCGCGGCCGCCUCGGCGCCGCCGCCGCCGCUCCCGCCCGCACCGCCGCCGCCUGCGCCGCCCCGCUCGGCGCCUGGCGGCCCCGCAGGCUCCCCGUCGGCGCUGCUGCUGCGCCGACCCCACGGCUGCAGCUCCUGCGACGAGGGCAACGCGGCCUCGUCGCGUUGCCUCGACUGCCAGGAGCACCUGUGCGACAACUGCGUCCGCGCGCACCAGCGCGUGCGCCUCACCAAGGACCACUACAUCGAGCGCGGCCCGCCCGGCCCCGCCGCAGCCGCCGCCGUGGCGGCGGCGCAACAGCUCGGGCUCGGGCCGCCCUUCCCAGGCGCUCCCUUCUCCCUCCUCUCCGUCUUCCCGGAGCGCCUCGGCUUCUGCCAGCACCACGACGACGAGGUGCUGCACCUGUACUGCGACACGUGCUCCGUGCCCAUUUGCCGCGAGUGCACGGUGGGCCGGCACGGCGGCCACAGCUUCGUCUACCUCCAGGAGGCGCUGCAGGACUCGCGGGCCCUCACCAUCCAGCUGCUGGCCGACGCCCAGCAAGGCCGCCAGGCCAUCCAGCUGAGCAUCGAGCAGGCGCAGACGGUGGCAGAGCAGGUGGAGAUGAAGGCAAAGGUGGUACAGUCGGAGGUCAAAGCUGUGACUGCAAGACACAAGAAGGCGCUGGAGGAGCGGGAGUGUGAGCUGCUCUGGAAGGUAGAGAAGAUCCGCCAGGUGAAGGCCAAGUCACUGUACCUGCAGGUGGAGAAGCUGCGGCAGAACCUGAACAAGCUGGAGAGCACCAUCAGCGCCGUCCAGCAGGUCCUGGAGGAGGGCCGGGCGCUGGACAUCCUGCUGGCCCGGGACCGCAUGCUGGCCCAGGCACAGGAGCUCAAGGCCGUGCGCAGCCUCCUGCAGCCCCAGGAGGACGACCGGGUCAUGUUCACACCCCCCGACCAGGCCCUGUAUCUCGCCAUCAAGUCCUUCGGCUUCGUCAGCAGCGGGGCCUUUGCGCCGCUCACCAAGGCCACGGGCGAUGGCCUCAAGCGGGCCCUGCAGGGAAAGGUGGCCUCCUUCACCGUCAUCGGCUACGACCACGACGGGGAGCCACGGCUGUCGGGGGGUGACCUCAUGUCGGCCGUGGUCCUGGGCCCCGACGGCAACCUGUUUGGCGCGGAGGUGAGCGACCAGCAGAAUGGGACUUACGUGGUGAGCUACCGGCCGCAGCUGGAGGGGGAGCACCUGGUGUCCGUCACCCUGUGCAACCAGCACAUCGAGAACAGCCCCUUCAAGGUGCUGGUCAAGUCUGGCCGCAGCUACGUGGGCAUUGGGCUGCCCGGCCUGAGCUUCGGCAGCGAGGGCGACAGCGACGGCAAGCUCUGCCGCCCGUGGGGCGUGAGCGUGGACAAGGAGGGCUUCAUCGUGGUGGCCGACCGCAGCAACAACCGCAUCCAGGUGUUCAAGCCGUGCGGCACCUUCCACCACAAGUUCGGCACCCUGGGCUCCCGGCCGGGGCAGUUUGACCGGCCUGCCGGGGUGGCGUGCGAUGCCUCCCGCAGGAUCGUGGUGGCCGACAAGGACAAUCAUCGCAUCCAGAUCUUCACCUUCGAGGGCCAGUUCCUCCUCAAGUUCGGGGAGAAGGGCACCAAGAACGGGCAGUUCAACUACCCCUGGGACGUGGCGGUGAAUUCCGAGGGCAAGAUCUUGGUCUCAGACACGCGGAACCACCGCGUCCAGCUGUUCGGGCCCGACGGGGUCUUCCUGAAUAAGUACGGCUUCGAGGGGGCUCUCUGGAAACACUUUGACUCCCCGCGGGGCGUGGCUUUCAACCACGAGGGCCACUUGGUGGUCACCGACUUCAACAACCACCGGCUCCUGGUCAUCCACCCGGACUGCCAGUCGGCCCGCUUCCUGGGCUCCGAGGGCACGGGCAACGGGCAGUUCCUGCGGCCGCAGGGCGUGGCUGUGGACCAGGAGGGGCGCAUCAUCGUGGCCGACUCCAGGAACCACCGGGUGCAGAUGUUCGAGCCCAAUGGCAGCUUCCUGUGCAAGUUCGGCGCCCAGGGCAGUGGCUUCGGGCAGAUGGACCGGCCCUCCGGCAUAGCGGUCACGCCGGACGGGAUGAUCGUCGUGGUGGACUUCGGCAACAAUCGAAUCCUCAUCUUCUAA